CUCAGCCCCGGACAGCUUUCGGAUGGGAGACCGGAGCAGCGGCCCGGACGGCGGCGUCAUUUCCGCGUAGCUCGCGCGUGCUUGGCUUUUCCCGCGGAGCACAUCAUCUCCAAAGACUCCUCCCGAACCCACCAGGAUGUCAAGCGCCAACCCCUCGGGUCACAACUGGAACCGGAAGCCCAAAGCGGAGGAGGAAGAGGACGAUCCCUUCGACAAAAUGAUCUCCCGCACCGGCUGCGCCUCUUUCCACUAUGCGGUGCAGGAGUGCAUGGCUGAACACCAGGACUGGCGCAAGUGCCAGGAGCAGGUGAAGAGCUUCAAGGAUUGCAUGAUGGAACACGAGAAGCAGAGGAUGGCAGAGCUGCUCAGAAGACAGAAACAGCAUCAAACCACAAGCUGACAAGAGCCAGCUUUGCACAAAGGGCAGUUCCCUUGCUUGGAGGAAGUAUUUAAAUAACGGCAGUGCAGCACAGAGGUUGAGCUCUGGGAAACGGUUGCUGUGGGAGGUGGUUCAAAGAGAUGGGAUGUAACUGCAUGCAUUGCUCUUGCAGUAAUCCCUUGGCUAAAUUCUUCUGGUUUUUUAACAGAACAAGCAAUACUUACUUUCUUGCCAAAAAAUAAAAGGUGGAAUUUA